GCUAUGAGUUACUGUAACAUAUGUGGGCCUGACCUUCAGGGCUUCCUUGGAGCUAAAGAUGUAGCAGGGAUGGUGAGACAGCCCAGCCCAGGUGGUGAUGGAUCCUGGGCUCUCCAGAGUCAUGAGCAGGGUGCCACCAGCCCUUCUACCCUAGUCUGAAGGGACAGCAACUCCAGAUCCUUCUUGCAGGUGUGGGGCCAGGCUCCAUCGCUCAUGCUUUUGAGGAGCAUCAGUGCACUGUCAGAAGCAUGGAGAUUUGGCAAGCGGAGAGGGACAUGGCACUGUGAGUGAGUGCCAGUGGCACUGGAUGAGACUGGAGCAAAAUGCCCCUUUCUGCUUCUCCCUGAGGCAGGGACAUGACCCACAGGAGUGGGAGACUCACACACAGAGCUGGGCACUAACUAGCCAAGUCCUCCAAAUCCUGGCAUAGCCCAAGGAAAGGCAGUGAGAGGAGAAGGUGUCAUCCAGCUGCAGGCAGUCCAUGCUGACUGUUCUCACCACUCUACCCCUCACAGGAAAUCUUGGCAAGGGGUCAGGAGCAGGGAUAAGACGCAAGGCCAUAGAUGCAUGAUACAGGUGGCCGAGGGAGAGAGCAACACAGAAAUGUAGAAGUUGAAAACAGGAAACAGUCUUUCCCUUUUUCUCCUGACACUGAGUGCUGGCAGGGAAAGACAUCCCAUUGUGACAUCACCUGCUGGUGGAAGGUGAUAUCACUGAGCAGCAGAUUGUGACACCACUGGGGGAUGCAUUGUGACAUAUCAUCCCUCACUGCUUAUAUUUUUCUGUAGGCAGAGCCUGGCCAGUCUGGCUCCAGCCUGAAGUUCAUCCAGGCAGGACUGUGAGGUCUGGAGGACUGAGCCAGGCUUCUCUGGUGCUGAGUGGAUUUCAGUGCAGACUCGGCGCAAUCCCUCCUGUUUCCCUGGCCCUGGCUAGUUUGGCAGCUGGGCACUGUGGGUGCUUGCAGCAGUGAAGGUUGGGACAACAUCCCCUGGGGUGGUCAGGGGUGAGUGACGGGGCUCAGGGAGCUGGGAGUGUGUUGUUCUUAAGGGACCUGGACAUUUCUUCUUCCCAUUCCCGGGAUAGCAGUGACCAUGGUGACUCCCUCCUGUGGUGUGUGACACCAGGGAGGGCAAGCAGCUCCUGAUCCUCAGCUCUCACCAGUGUGCUGUAGGGCACAAAAAUGACUUCGGAGACAGAUGGCAACUGCUCCAUCUGCCAGGACACUCAGAAGGACGUGGCUUCUGCUCUGCCCUGUCACCACCGUUUUUGCCGGGGCUGCAUCCUGCGGUGGACACACAUAAAUCCCGUGUGCCCACUCUGCAGAAGAAUUAUAGAGACUGUGAGGUUUUCUGAUGACUCCAUGGAGAUUGUCAUCACAGCCCCUGAUGAGCUGCCAGAUGCCAUCAGCCAGGCAGGGACAGCUCCUGAUGGCCCUCAAGGAAACAGCCCCCAUUCCCCUGUGGCAUCCCAUCCAUCUUCUUCACAGUGGACACCACCCCAAGCUGUUGGUGGUGUCCUGCCUGACCUCUGGGCAGAACUUUUCCGUCGACAACAGCAACUCCUGGACCCGCUGCGGCCCUGGCUGCACCAGAGGCUGGAGACCAUCUAUGGAGACCAGUGGUGGCUGGCAAGGAAUGCACAGAGCAGCAUCCUGCAUGCCCUCUGUGUCUUUGGUCCAGAUGAGGAGAUCAUGGUCCAGAGGCUGCAGGACAUCCUGGAGGAACACACAGUGCCACUGGUCCAGGACACCAUCAACAUCAUUGUGGGCCAGUGCAGUGAAGAGGCCAGGAGGCUGCUGCGCUCCCACGCUGCUGGGGAUGAGGACAACAGCCCAGCAGCCAGCACCAGCUCCAGCAACUCCAGCUCCAGCUCCUCCAUCAUUAGCUCCAGCAACUCCAGCUUCAGUUCUUCCAGCACCAGCUCCAGCAACUCCAGCUCCAGCUGCAGCAACUCACGAGAGGGGACUCCCACCAGCAGCCCUGCAGUCUCUGUGCAGGAGGAGGAAGCUGGCACAAUGGAGGCCUUCCCACCCAGGCAUCACAAUCUGCCACACCCUGUGCCUGUCCCUGCAGAGCAGGACCAACGCCAGGAGGAGCUGGGGCAGGCAAUGACAGUGGCAGGUCCCUCUGCCCAGGGCAGCAGCUGCAGCCCCUCCUCUCCCAGCCAGGGCACGGACCACUCACCUCGGGGUCCCCGGCACCCCCCAAAGAGGAGGGCCCUCAGCUCCCAAGACAUUCCCCAGCCCAGCAAGAGGUCACCCCGCCGGCAGCAAUAACAGGGUUCUCAGAACUCUUUAUUCAAGGAAAAACAAAGAAUUUUUUAUUUCCUUCA